ACAGAAAAUGAAGGGAUUUAUGAUUUAACAGCAAACAAACUAGUACAGUAGUAAGUAGACUUUUAAGACUAAUCCCUUUAUCCUAUCUCUCUUCGGCGCGUCACGCAUUCAAUAAUAAUUAACCAACAGUUACAUAGCGUAAGAUAAAAAAGGAAGAAGCAAAAAAUGGCAUGUUACUAUCAGAUAACAUUGGGAGGAGGUACAGGAAUGCUAUCUACAUCAUCAUCCUCAAACCUCCGCCUGUUUACCACUGCUCAGUAUUCUAUGGCUUCUGAUCUCUCCCACCAACGCUCUUCCGUCUUCCACGGCUCUUCCUCAUCUCCUUCCCCUCGCGAUCUUGUCUUCGUCGUCAAUCCCAGAGGAGCCAAUGGUAGAACUGGCAAGGAAUGGAAGAAACUACUUCCGUAUCUUAGGUCUCGCCUCGAUAAAGAUUGCAAUAUAUGUGAAUCCUUGACUUCAGGUCCUUAUCAUGCAAUUGACAUAACAAGAGAGGCAAUAAGGGAGGGUGCUGAUGCUGUGAUUGCAGUGGGAGGUGAUGGCACUCUUCACGAGGUUGUCAAUGGAUUCUUUUGGGCUGGAAAGCCUGUUGUUAAUCACAAUAAAGAGGUUGCCCAUUCAACUGCUCUAGGGCUCAUCCCCUUAGGAACCGGGUCAGAUUUUGCCAGAACAUGGGGCUGGAAAAAUGAUCCUUAUGAAGCCGUUGAUCGCAUUGUGAAAGGGCUGAGAUCACGAAUUGAUGUUGGCAUAAUCACUGGAGAAAGUGAAGAAGCUCAUUACUUCAUAAAUGUUGCCGAUAUUCAUCUGAGUGCAAAGGCUGGUUAUUAUGCAUCAAGAUACAAGAGAUUUGGAAACCUAUGUUAUGUCAUUGGUGCUCUACAAGCCUUUAUGGGGCAUAACAAUCAUGACCUUAGAAUCAAGGUUGAUGGAGGUGAAUGGGAAACAUGUUCUCAAGUAACAGCUCUUUGCGUUGGAAAUGCAAAGUACUUUGGUGGAGGCAUGAAAAUCACUCCAAAUGCUGACCCUUGCAGCGGAAACUUUGAGGUUGUAAUUCUUCAGGACUUCAAAUGGUAUGACUUUAUUCUGAAACUUCAUAAACUCUACAGAGGGACACACUUAUCAGUGGAAAAUGUGUCUUCAAGAAGCGUUCACUCCAUUAAAGUGGAGGACAUUUCUGGCAGUGGCAGCAUUUAUAUUCAGUCUGACGGGGAGCAUCUCGGGUUCCUUCCUAGGAAGCUAACUAUUUUACCUUCUGCUAUUGAAAUGAUAUGCUAAAGAAAGCCAAGAGAACAUCUAUUGGUUUAUUUCAGUUUUUGGGUUGGAAGAAACUGAUGUUUCUAACCGGCCGUUUUUGAGACACCUUUCUCUGAUAGCAAUUCGAGGAAAAGUAGUAAUAGGAGAAACAACACGAGACAAAGACACAUCGAAUAGUCUUACCAUUAGUGGAAAAAUCAAUGCCGUGAAUGCAAGAAAUAUAACGCCGGUACUUUUAACACUGGUGGUAGGAAGCAAUCUCCUGUGCGGUGCAUUAUCAGAUUCUCCAAGAAAUGCAUGGCCAUUCAGUUGGAAGUGUUUGCGGCGAGCUUUGACUUGUUAUCCGACGUAUUGUGCAGGCCAGUGCUUUUUAUACUGCUUAACUGAAACUUGUUUCCUUUUCUUUCUUUGUUUUAAUAAGAAAAUAUAUUUGAGCAUACAA